AUGAGGUGGUUCGUCCUUCAGCUAGGUCUUUUAUUAAUAGGUGUUCCUCAGGACUUUUGCAUGGACGAAGGUGAACCGCCAAAGGACAAAAUGAUGUACAGUACUUCUGUGAUGAGCAUGGUUAAGCUUUUGGAAAUGGAAGAAUCUCUAAAAGCUAACCUGGAUUUUUACGUUCAGGAAAUGCAGUCAAAGCUAGACCUGAUCAAACUAUAUCGAGACUCCCUGAAAAGGGAAAAGUUGACCACGCUGGAGGAGAAGGAAGAGUAUGUGUCCAAUCCCUUAAAUGCGUUUCCCUUGCUCAGACGCCUCAAUCAAGAUUGGCCCAAAUGGCUAAGAUAUAUAAAACUGGCUAUAGCUUCCAAGAAAGCCAAAGAAAUGGAAGUGCAGUUGAAGUCUGCGCCGAGUGACGAUGACCUCAAAGUUGCCCUAAAGGGUAUGACGCGCAUUGAGAAAUUUCACAAUCAGCACGCAGAUGACUUGACCAAAGGAUUACUUUUGGGAAAGAAAUUCAACUCCCAUCUGACUGCUCCGGAUUGUGUUGCCCUAGCUGAUUAUUACUACAAUCAAACUCAAUUCUCCGGAUCCACCCACUGGUAUCGCAUGGCCCUGAGGCUUCACACGAAUCCUCAAGGCAUGAUCUACGCCAAAAUUUUGGGUCUAAAAAGGAAAAGGAUAUACAAAAAAUAUGGCAAGGUCUUGCUGAUGGAAUCCAUAACUUUGGAUAAAAGCAAACUCAAUGCGAAGGAGAAGACUGAGUGGAACCGAUUGGCCAAGGAGGUCACAAGGAACGACAACUACGACAACGUUAAGACGUUAAUAGAUGAAUACCUAUCAGGGGACGAGAAGAUCUUCCAAGAGGUAGCCGCCAAGCUGCAGCGCAAGCCCACCAAACUGGAGCGCGGUUGCCGUGGAGAGUGGCCAAAGAAAUCCUCGCCAGAACUAAUAUGUCGCUAUAGUAGGGACACCUCGGCGUUCCUUAAGUUGGCACCACUCAAAUUGGAGUUUCUGAGCGUGCAGCCUAUGAUACAUCUGUAUCACGAUGUGCUGUACGAAAAGGAGUUCAAAUCUAUGCGAGACGUAGCCGUAUUUAAUGCCACCAUGAUUGAUGGUCGGACAUAUUUCGAUUUUCACAAAAAGAUCAAACCGAAGACGCAGGAUCGAGUGGUGAAAAUGAUUGAUUUUAAGGACACCACGGCACCUUAUACCCUAAGCAUCAAUCGGCGGAUAGCGGACAUGAGUGGUCUUGAGAUGCGCGAAAAUAUGGUUCUCUACCUGAGCAAUUACGGCCUGGGUGGUGAUUUUGGGAAGCAUGUUGACUACGUGGAGUUGGCCAAAAGACCUUCAGACUUUUUUGCCGAUUUCAAAGGCGAUCGAAUAGCUACAGCGGUACUCUACGCAUCUGACGUUCCGUUGGGAGGAACUACAGUUUUUCCAAAACUGAAGAUUGCCGUACAACCCAAAAAAGGCAACGCCCUAGUUUGGUUCAACUUGAAUCAUGCCGGAGAACCUGAUCCGCUAACAGAACAUUCUGUUUGUCCCAUCGUCCUGGGUUCCAGAUGGACCAUAUCCAAAUGGAUCCAUGAACGGCAGCAAGUAUUCAAGAAGCCUUGUUUGGCCUAAUAUGCGAAUGUAAACUUUUAUUAAGGCUGCCAUUAGUAAUAGGGCAGGCAAAUAAAUAGCCAUCGCCGAGGUGGAGUCUCCCAUUGGCGCACUUUGCUCCUUCA